UUCAUUCACUCACUUUACAGUUCAUUCUAACCGCUUUACUAUUACUAUUUUUAAUUUAUUCGAAUUCAUGAUUAAUGUGAAGGAUUGGUCAUUUAACAUAAAAAAAUUUAUGAUUUGUCUCUGUUUAUACAUAGAGACAACCAACAAUACAUUUAAUUGUCAGUUGUCAGUUAUUUAAUUGUUAGUUAUUGUUACAUCGAGGCUGAACAUUGAGGUUAUUUACAUACACAGAAUCAAGAAGACUUCUUCCUCCAACAUGGUUCAGGCUACAGAUGAAAUGGAGCAAGCUGAUCUUCCACAAGCAGUUAAUUUACUUCACGAGAUGAAUUCAAAUAUUCAGCAAGUAUCACAGCUAGUUGACAAUAUGAUUAUAAGAGUCAAAAGUGGUGAACUCUCAACUGAUAGUGGGCUUAGCUUUUUGGAGAUGAAAUAUCAAAUGUUAUUGAGUUAUUUAAUAAAUCUCACAUAUAUUGUAUUACGAAAAUGUUCAGGUGAAAGAAUUGAAUCUGACCCAUCCAUUGACAGACUUAUAGAAAUAAGGACCGUUCUUGAAAAAAUAAGACCUAUUGAUUCUAAGUUAAAGUAUCAAAUUGAUAAACUUGUUAAAACUGCUGUUGUUGGUGCCACAUCUGAGGAAGAUCCUCAAUCAUACCAUGCUAAUCCUGAUAACUUGAUGAGUAAAAUAGUUGAAAAUGAGGACUCAAGUGAUUCAAGUGGAGAUGAAAAUAAGAAAGAAAAAGCUAAAUCAAAUAUAUAUGUCCCUCCAAAAUUGGCAGCUGUUCAUUAUGAUGAAACUAAUUCUAAACAUCCAAAAAGUAAAGAACAAUCACGGAAGCAGUUCUUAAACUCUAGUGUUAUGUCUGAACUCAGGGAAGAAUACUCAGAAGCUCCAUUAGAAGUGAGCACUGGUAAUCAUGUCAAACAUUCUAUUUCCAAAUAUGAACAGGAAAAAACUGAGUAUGAAGAAAAUUAUCUUACUCGGCUUCCAGUUACAAAAGCAGAAAAGAACAGACGGAAAAAGUUGACUACAAUUGGAAUGGUUGCUGAUGAAAUUACAGGACGCAGUUCUGGGAAAAAUGUUUCCCGAAAACAUAAGAUAAAAUCCAAGAAAGGAAAAAGUUUUAAAAGAAGGCGUACACAUUAAAAACAUGUUGCUAACAUUUUAUUUAUAUGUGUAAAGUUUUGCAAGAUAAAUAAUAUUUAAAACUAGACUGAUUUGGAUAGCAUUUAAGUAUUUUUGGUUUAUUGCUGAUCUGAGUUUAUUGUGCCAAGUAUAGUAUAAAUAAAUUCAACAAACAAUCCAUUACUUACUGCUAAAAUUCUCAUUUUCAUUUAUUUAUACAUAUGUUAUUGUCAUUUUGUGCUGGUUUGGUAUAAAUAAUUCAAAAUUCACAAUUUAGUCUGGAUACCUAUUUUGACCAAUUUAAUGAUAUUUAUAGCAGAGAUGAAGACAGUAUAGCACUUUAUAUUAUUUUAAUUAAUGUUAAUAUUUGGGCACCACUGUUCCAUAGUGUCUAUUUGCCUGUGUUCUUAGGGUACAGGGUCAGCUGCUCCAGAAUGUUCAAAAGCAGAAAACAAAAUAUCUAUUGUCAUAAAUACAUAUUAGUUAUACCUCGCAUACUGGGUAGUUACUAUGUUAUAAUUUAAACAGGCUAUAGUGUAAUUAUCAGCUGUAUUAAAAUGCACUUACUCAUACAUCACAUGUCAGUGAUAGCCAAAAGUGGCAUGAUAACAGUAUUGAUUUAUAUUUAUUAAUAUAUUAUUUCCAAGAUUUUUGAGUGAUUCCUGAAAAAUCAUGAAUUAAGAUAAUCCUGUAUGUAUGAUGAUAUCCACACUAUAAAUAAAAAGAAGAUUGUAUUUUUGUAUGCUUGUAACAAAUAAACUCAAAAUCUACUG